GUCAUAACGUAGAAGAUGUGAGUGGCUGGAAUAGCCGUCCGAUUGCUUUGGAAAAGUGGUACUUUGAAGACAAUCCACUAAGCCCCACGACGCAAUGUAAUCGACUGAAAGGUGUCAGAUAUUUUUGGACAAGAAUCCGUUCAAUUUCGCUACUGCUUCGAGUCGUUUGGGUGCACGUUGAAACGUCGAGGCCUGCUUUGUUAGCCUAGCCUAGUUUAGCAGCUAACAAAGAGAAACAACGCGCCUGUGAUAAACACGUCGCCGAGCAAGCAAACAUCAAGUCCCAAAAUGUCAGAUCAAUAUGUCAGCCAAGCCCAUUGUCUUGAGCACCAGGAGUCUGCAUGCGUCAAGGGGGAGUCGCCAUACAUCAAGGAGGAGGAGGAGUCCGUUCACAUUAAAGGUCAUCCCAAGCACUGUUUUGAGGCAGAAAUCAAAAAUGGUUUCAUAAAAUAUCUUAGUGCUGAGCGGCGGCAGCCAGAAUCUCCUGGCGUGAAAGAGGAUGUUGAGCUCCCCCAAAUCAAAGAGGAGGAGCCCAAGCCCUGUCAACAGAAGCAACUUCCGAUCAAAAAGGAGGAGGGGGAGCUGCCAUGCGUUAAAGAGAAGGAAGAGGAGGAGCAUAUCACCAGGUUGACUGGUGAGCCCUUGAAGAGUGAAGAUGGUCCAAGUGAGGCCGGCAGAGGGGCGGAGGCUCCAAGCGGCAGCAGCAACUCAACAGAAGGAUUGCAAGCAGACAUUUUCAUUGCUCCGUCAGACAGAAAUGGCGCCACAUCACACUCACCUUACAAUGAUGAUGGUCAUAAGACAUCUCACGGUGACGACAAACUCUGCAAAUGCUCUCAGUGUGGGACAUCCUUUGCUAAUAAGUAUACUUGUCGGACGCAUAUUUGGAGCCACACUGGUAAAAAGCCUUUUUCCUGCUCAGUUUGUGGUCAAGGAUUCGCUCAAAAGCAAUACUUGAAAGUACACACAAGAACCCACACUGGCGAAAAACCUUUUUCCUGCUCUGUUUGUGGUCAAAGAUUCAGUCACAAGAUCACCUUAAAACGACACAAAAGAACCCACACUGGCGAAAAGCCUUUUUCCUGUUUAGUUUGUGGUCAAAGAUUCAGUUGCAAGGGCACCUUAAAUGGACACACAAGUACCCAUACUGGCGAAAAAGCUUUUUCCUGCUCAGUUUGUGGUGAAAGAUUCAGUCGCAAGAGCUACUUAACACGACACACAAGAACCCACACUGGCGAAAAACCAUUUUCCUGCUCAGUUUGUGGUCAAAGAUUCGGGUGCAAGAGCAACUUCAAACGGCACACAAGAACCCACACUGGUGAAAAACUCUUUUCCUGCUCAGUUUGUGGUCAAAGAUUCACUGCAAAGACAAGCUUAAAAAUACACGAAACCACGCACACUGGAGAAAAACCUUUUUCCUGCUCAGAUUGUGGUCAAGGAUUCAGUUGCAAGAUUUACUUAAAACGACACACAAGAACCCACACUGGCGUAAAAGCUUUUUCCUGCUCAGUUUGUGGUCAAAGAUUCACUACAAAUGAAAACUUAAAAAUCCACUCAAGAACCCACACUGGCGAAAAACCUUUUUCCUGCGUAGUUUGUGGUCAAAGAUUCACUCAAAAGGAAAACUUAAAAAUCCACACAAGAACCCACACUGGUGACAAACCUUUUUCCUGCUCAGUUUGUGGUCAAAGAUUCAGGUGCAAGAGCAUCUUGAAACGACACACAAGAACCCACACUGGCGAAAAACCCUUUUCCUGCUCAGUUUGUGGACGAAGAUUCAGUCAAAAGGGAAACUUAAAAAUCCACACAAGAACCCACACUGGUAACAAACCUUUUUCCUGUUCAGUUUAUAAUCAAAGAUUCACUUAAAAGGAAAACUUAAAAAUCCACACAAGAACCAACGCUGGCGAAAAACCUUUUGCCUGCUCAGUUUGUGGUAAAAAAUUCAGUCAAAAGAGCAACUUAAAACGACUCACAAGAACCCACACUGGCGAAAACCCUUUUUCCUGCUCAGUUUGUGAUCAAAGAUUCGCUCAGAGGCAUCACUUAAAACACCACACAAGAGGAUCCAAGAUGGUGGCGUAAGAGAUGGUUGGCUCUUUCUGAGCUUCGCACCACCGUAUUGAUUUUUCAUGGAAAAACUCCACCCACCUUAAUAUUUGCAACAAUUCUCAAGUUGCAGGUUUCAUCAUGAAUAUUGAUGAAUACUUUUUGAGAUUCCGGGACAAGAUACUGCCAAGAGAGGAUCGUAACCCAGCUAAGACGAGCGAGCCAGAAGCUUCUGCUAGCAUGCUAGAGGAAGCGCAACAACAGGUUUAACCGGACACCGGGGUUGUCCUCGAUGCCUCCUUUCAUCAAACUAUUCAGGAAAUAACGCCGAACAUCACUGAGGUGAUUGAUGAAAAGCUUGGGCCGCGAUCUCAAAUGGUACUGGCUCACGGCGAGCAAUUAAAAAUGAUAGAGGAGCAUACCGCCGAGGCCGAAAACAGGAUUGCUGGGGCCGAACAUACCUGCGAGGACGUGAAUACUCGGGUGCACGAGCUUGAGAAGCAGAUAAAAAGCAUGGCCGAGCAUAUUGAUGACCUCGAAAAUAGAGGCAGGAGGAAAAAUGUACGCAUUAUUGGACUACCAGAAGACACGGAGGGGAGCAUCUCUACAAAGUUUUUUGAGAGCUAGAUACCCGACAUGCUCGGAAUGGAGACGAAAGACGGCAGCUUUAAAAUUGAGAGGGCUCACAGUACUUUAGUGCCGAAGCCGGGACUGAACCAGCGACCGUGACCCGUCCUGAUCCGAUUUCACAACUUCGCCGACAAACUGCGGGUGUUGGACGCUGUGGGACCGUGAAGCGCCGGGAAUUCUCCAUCAUGUUCUUCCAUGAUUUGUCGGCGGCGGUGCUUCGUAAACGGAAGGCUUUUGAUGAUGUGAAGAGGCGACUGCGAGAGUUGGGCGCCAAAUACAUGAUGCUUUACCCGGUUGCACUGAAAGUAAUCCUCGGUGGGGAGGCUAAAAACUUCGACUCCCCCGCUAAGGCAGUGACUUAUGUGGACACACUCAAGUAAACUUUACGUGAGUCACCAAACGGUCUGUUUAUGUCUAUGGCAGGUUAACGAGCUUGAAAAAUAAGAAUAUGUUGUUUUAUAUUACAUUUAUUUGUGGUGGGUUUCUAUAUUUAACUUUUGUGAAGACUGGUGUCUCAUAAAGUCUUGAUUGGGCAAUUUGAAGUGAUUUUUUUUUCCUAUUGCCCUGUUUAAGAACCUGCCCAAUGUUAUAUAAGGGUGGAUGCUACCAUUUAGGUGGUACUAUUGGGGUUCAGAAAAGUUUUCCGAGUUAGAGUUGAGAAAUGGAGAAAGUUAAGGUAAUCCCCUGGUUAUCAAAAAGGGAAGUUCCCUCCCACAGUGCUGUCUGCACACUUGUUGUGUGUGAUUGGUGUUUUUUGUCUUUUUUUGUUUCUCAGCUGGGUUAUAGUAUGGUGCAUGACCUACCUGGAGAGUGUAGUACAUUUGGAAGCCCGAAUACUCUGUUAAAAAUGUCAUGACCUCUAACACACUGAAGCUUUGCACCUGGAAUGUUAAGGGAAGCCACUCUCCAUCAAAAGGA